GCCUCCUACACAUCAUCACCACCGUUUGGGGGGUUUAGAGAGAGGCCUUUUCUGCAGGGCUGCUUGGCUACUGGCACUGCAGACUUCCCUCAAAGCAUCUUCCAUAGCUAUGGUUUCUGCCUGGGCCUUGACUUUGUAGCUUUUAAGAACAGUGGUUGUCCAGAUCUGCCGUUUUCACCUGCUGCUCUUGCGGCGCAAGAAGAGCCCUUGGCCGAUUUCUGCCCCCCAGUGCAGGCAGCGCUCCGAUUCCCAGCCAUCCAGCUCUCAUCGACAGAGGGGGCUGCUGAAGAAGGCGUUCCUGGGGCUGUCCGUGGGCCUCCCCCUCGCAGCUGGGAUCCGCUACGGGAUGGCCGAUAAGCCAGAACGGCGAAGGAUGAGGCUGCUGGUCGAGGGACUGGGGCGCUUUACCAGGUCCUUGCAGUUGGGAAUCCAGAUCUCCCUGGAUUACUGGUUGACGAACCAUGUCUCGUUGUGGGGCCUGGACGAGAACAGCCCAGGGUACAAGGCCGUCCUCUCCAAAUGCCACCAGCGGGCAGCCGAUAGCAUCGUUCGUGGCGCCAUCCAGAACGGGGGCCUCUACGUCAAGCUGGGCCAAGGCCUGUGCGCCUUCAACCACCUCCUGCCCCCGGAGUACAUCAGCACCCUGCGCACGUUGGAGGACCGGGCCCUCACCCGCGGCUACAAGGAGGUGGAUGAGCUCUUCCUGGAGGAUUUCAACGCCAAGGCGGACCAGCUGUUCCUGGAAUUCGACUACCAGCCGAUCGCCGCUGCCAGCUUGGCCCAGGUGCACCGGGCGAAGCUCCACGACGGCACCCCGGUGGCCGUGAAGGUCCAGUACAUUGACUUGCGGGACCGGUUUGACGGAGACAUUCGCACGCUGGAGUUCCUGCUGCGGAUCGUGGAGCUGAUGCACCCCACCUUUGGGUUCAGUUGGGUCUUGAAGGACCUGAAGGACACGCUGGCCCAGGAGCUGGACUUUGAGAACGAGGCGCACAAUUCGGAGCGCUGCGCCCAGGAGCUGAAGCACUUUGACUUUGUGGUGGUUCCUCGGGUUUACUGGGAGAGGAGCAGCAAGAGGGUCCUGACAGCUGAUUUCUACGACGGCUGCAAAGUCAACGACAUGGAGGGCAUCAAGAGGCGAGGCCUGCAGGCCAAGGACGCCGCACAAAAGUUAAUCCAGGCAUUUGCAGACCAGAUCUUCCUCACCGGAUUCAUCCAUGCGGACCCCCACCCAGGAAACGUGCUGGUACGGAAGGGGCCUGAUGGAAAGGUGCAACUCAUUCUCCUCGAUCACGGCUUGUACGAGAUCCUUCACGAGAACGAACGGGAAGCGCUGUGCAAGCUGUGGCACGCGAUCAUCUUGCGCGAUGAUGCAGGCAUGCAGAUGUACUCCAAGCAGCUGGGUGUGAAAGCCCAGGAUUACUUCCUGUUUUGCGAGAUCCUGCUGCAGCGGCCAAUCAACAUGGCGCAGCUGGUGCUGUCCAACGUGCUGACUCGCGAGGAGGCGGCCUACAUGCAGGACAUGGCCAAGAACCGCUUCGACCGCAUCAUGCAGGUGCUGAAGGACCUGCCCCGCUCCAUGCUGCUCGUCUUCCGCAACAUCAACACUGUCCGGGGCAUCAACGUGGCCUUGGGGACCCCUGUGGACCGAUACUACAUCAUGGCCCGCAGUGCGGUGAGAUGCUGGAGUCACAUGCAUAGCCAAAGAUCUGGAGGGAUCAACAACAUAUUCUUUGUCCGCUGGAUCCGUGCGGCCUGGAACACCUUCAUUUUCGAGUUUUCACUCAGGUUCCAGGUCGCCGUCAUAAAGCUCUCUACCUCUGUCCUGCGCUUCCUGACUUUUGUUGGUUUCCUGAAGGACAGCAAGAAGCCGGGGGAGUUCUACGAGUUCCUGAAGGCAUAGAGUGGCUGCUCCUACAACCUUCUGCUGUGGGCUGGAUUGCAGCCUCCAGGGCAGAGGAGGGCUGAAGGCCUGUCCAUCUCGAUCAAACACCAGGUGCUUUUCAUGCCUAUAGAGGAGGACAAGGCGCUCUCCCUCUUUUCUAUUAAAAAAAAAUUAUCGGCGAGAAAUGCAGGACUUGCCUCCAGCUGCUAGGCCGAACCAAGCCAAGGGUGGCCUGCAGCCUUCCUGCACCUCAGAUUCUGCUAGCGGCAGGGCUGAACGGGAGCCGCGUUCCCACCUCCUUGCAACAAACAGCCCGUGGUAAUAAAUGCCCACUUUUUAGCC